CCACACAUGUUUGAGAAAAAACAAACGGGUUUCAUCUGUCAAGCUACUGUCGUAUCAUCACCUUCAUACUUUUACAACGUGGCACUGAGGAAUCGCGCCAAGCAAAGCGAUGAGAACUCUUCGAUUGGCCCUGAUACAACUUGCGGUAACCGAUGAUAAAGCAACAAACAUCUCUCGAGCAAUCGCCUUUGUUGAACGAGCAAAACAACGCGGUGCCGACGUCGUUGCACUGCCAGAGUGCUUCAACUCACCUUAUGGAACCGCACAUUUUUCAAAUUUCGCUGAAAAUAUUCCUGCGGGUGAGACAAGCCUUGCCUUAUCAGCUGCAGCUAAAAUUAACGAAAUUUGCAUAAUCGGUGGUUCCAUCCCGGAAAGAGAUGGGGGACAAUUGUUCAACACUUGCACCGUCUGGGAUUCCCAAGGAAAAUUCAUCGGGAAAUACAGAAAGAUGCAUUUGUUCGACGUAGACAUUGAAGGAAAAAUAUCAUUCAAAGAAAGUGACACCCUCACCGCUGGCGAUGAGCUACUUACGUUUCAAGUCAAAGGCUGGAAGGUCGGCUUAGGGAUCUGUCACGACAUCCGGUUCGAAGAGUUGGCUCGUUUGUACCGUAAUUUAGGGUGUCAAUUGAUGAUUUACCCCGGUGCUUUUGAAGUGACUGUAACUGGACCGUUGCAUUGGUCUCUUCUGCAAAGAUCUCGUGCCAAUGACGCCCAGCUUUAUGUUGCCGGUGUAUCUUCGGCCAAAGUAGAUGGUUCUGGGUUCGAAACUUAUGGUCACACGCAGCUGACGGAUCCCUGGGGAAAGGUGCUUAACGAGUUGGAGUUCGCGGAAGAUAUGAUUGUUGCUGAUAUAGAUAUGACAGUUGUUGAUGAGGUCAGGACCCAGAUUCCCAUUUUUGGUCAACGACGUGACGACUUAUAUGAGACUGCCUGGAUAAAAAAUUAAUACGAACGCCGGAGAAGUUUUGGUCAAUAUAUAUAUAUAUAUAUAUUUUUUAUACAGCGAAUUUAAAUUAUAUUAUUGCUCAUAUCCUUGAAACAUUGACAAUUAAAAAUGCGUACUAUAAGUAAUGGAAAAAUAUUAUCCAUUUGCAUAGUUAAACUUUCGAAGCUGUUCGAUUUUUCGCAAGUUUUUGUACCUUAUCAGCACGUUUUUUUUUAUUUUCCAGAUUACUCAAUAUAAUACAAUGAAUUUAGAAUGUUCAUUUAUACGUAAAAGGCCCCUUGAUGAUCCUUGAUAAAUCUCAAUCAAACUUAAUAGUUAAUGUUUCAACAUGUUAUUACACUCCUUCGCAUGUUACAUGAUAUAUAUGUUAUU